AUUCUGGUGCAAGGCAUUUCUGUUAAUUAACUUUACCGGAACAUAAGACUUUCGAUCUUAUUUCGAUCCCUUAGUGUAGCUUAGCAUAGUACCCCCGUUAUAAAGAAAUUAUGACGCAGUUCAAAAUUAGCAUCAUCUUUUUGUUUGUAUCAAUUGGAUGUCUCGUUGGUGUUGACAGCCAUGGAAUGAUGAUGAAGCCUGUGAGUCGUGGAUCCCGUUGGAGAGUCGAUCCUACAGCACCUAAGAACUAUGAUGACAAUGGAUUAUUUUGUGGUGGAUAUGGUAAUCAAUGGUCAGUUCAUGGGGGCAAAUGUGGAAUCUGUGGUGAUAGUUACGGCGAAGCAACUCCUAGACCCCAUGAAAAUGGUGGAAAAUUCGGUCAAGGAAUUAUUGUUGAAACAUACACUGCUGGCCAAGUGGCGGAGAUAAGUGUGAAACUCACUACCAGUCAUAAAGGAAAAUUUAUCUUCCAUUUGUGUAACAUUGAUUCGCGGCCAGAAUCAGAGGAAUGUUUCGUUGAGGAACCUUUGCAACUUAUCUCCGGAGGAUAUGAAUAUCAUGUGAAUACUUUUGAUGCGGGUGUCUAUAAUGCUGCAGUGAUUAUUCCCUCAGAUAUUGUUUGUCAACAUUGUGUUAUCAGGUGGACAUACUUAACAGCUAAUUCAUGGGGAACAUGUGAGGAUGGAACUGGUGCUGUUGGAUGCGGGCCACAAGAACAGUUUAAAAACUGUGCUGAUGUUUCUAUUUUACCAUCGCCAUCGUCACUUUAUGGCGAAAUACCGGAAUAUUAAAAAAUCAUUUAAUUUUUAAAGGAUUACAAUU